AUGCGUAUGCUGUCGCUGGUUACCCAGAUACGGGCCACUGGCAGCUCAGAUAAUCGAUUGACCCUCCAUGUUCAUUACUGACCCUGUCCUUGCGCGCCGGGUCUAGCAUGGCGAUAGAGGUGCUCAACGCGGGCAACGUGCUCGGUGUCUUCCUCCUGGUGAGAGCCUGGUGCCGAAAAACGAGGAGCUGGCAGCGCACGGGGCCAGCUCACCGAGGCGAGCGAGGUUAUUGUUACGCGCUUCCAAGGAGUCUGGACGCCUGCUAUUUCACUCGGGUUGCAUGCCCAUCCACCUUGUUUGCCAUGCCGUGUCUCAGGUCAGUCAAGUGGCACCGGCUGCGGGAUACUCACCGAACGCUGCCUGAUGGGGUCCCACGGCAUAUGGACAGCUCGCAUCUCUUCGCUGCCCACCGCUUCGUUCCGCGCAUCAUGCACCAACUCCUCGCCACAUCGUUGUGCCUCCAUGCACGCCAUCCGGAGACGAUUGUGGAAAUGGCGUUGGUUGCCAAAAAAAAUUGUUGGGGUGAGCUGUGGCGGGACCUCGUAAGAAUUGUGGAAGGCGGAGCGUUUGUGAGGAUCCACGCGUGACGGAGCCUAGGAGAUGACCAAGUCGGAGACAAAAAUCGAAGGCCACGCUUGGAGUUGUUUUCCUGCAAGAAACCACCACCAGUGGGCGCUUGCCACGCAAGUCUUCCAGUGUGUUUUGGAAGCGGGUUGGUUGCCUGACGACGCGGAGUUGAUCGCGACUUCCUUGAGUUCAUCAAACGAAACCAACGGACAGAGACGACGAGGUAG